UUGUCGUAGACUGACGUCGUGGCCAACAGCACGUGCUUACCGGGGCGGCGCGUGCAGCAAACACAGCAGAAUCAGCAGCAGCAAACAGAGCAGCAGCUGUGCUGGCCAGCAACAACAACAUCGGGGGAGAGCAGCCAUAGCAAAAACAACGACACAUUCAGUACCAGCUUUACUAUCGCAACAACAAAGGCUUUGGGCUAGGCAAAAAGGAAAGCAGGAGGGGAGAGAAUUUAACUUGAGUGAAAUUCGAACGGAUGGAGAAGAGGAAGCAGCAAGACAAUACAUCAAUGCAGGAUAACUGUUUUAUUGCUUGAAAGAGUGUGAGCAAGAGAGAGAGAGUGAAUGAGUGUGAAAAUGCGACAGUAAAUUAGUUAUAAAUCUGCACCUUGUUAUUUGCACCUAAAUCGAAAAAGGUUUAUAUAUUUUUGUUGAAAUACUAAUACUCGGGAGAAGACCAGAACAACCAGCAAGUAAUCAAUGUCAAUCAAAGUUAAUUUACCAACACAAAAACGUAUACGUAAAUUCUAUUUACGCAAAGUAUACUCAACAACGAGCGGUAAAUAAGAGGAGGAAGAGCAGGCCCAUAAGUAGGCAACAGAAGAAUUAGAGGCACCAAGCAGCGCAAACAGGAUACUUAAAAUAUCAGGGCAAAUACACUCACACACACACAUACACUCAAAAGGAGGUUCAUAUUUUUGGCAAAAAAAACCACCGCACGAAAUAAAUAUAAAAUAAACCCAACAACGCUGAGGUGUAUGGCCCAAAGGCAAGGCAAACAAACAGAGCCGAAAAAGAAAAGGAAAGCGAGCCCGAAAUAUGCCGAAAUGCUGGACAGAGAUUGAUGCUGGCUGCCGACGAACAGCAACAAAAACAACAACUGCAAAAACGACGAGCAACAAAAACAGUGGCAACCGCCAAAUGUGAGCAGACAAGCGACAGCAAUUGAGAUAUAUUGAUUCAGCCAAAUCACGUCGAUUAAGACAUGAACGCACUCGAUAUGAAUAAGCAAUUUCUGAGCGUCUCCCAGGACCAGCAGCAUCAGACCUCGGUGGCGGACCAGCGGAGUCGCUCAAGAUCGGAGCGCGCCUCGAGCCUGGCGCUACCCCUCAACUCCCUGCUCGACUUCUACGACAAGCAGCAGGAGCAGUGCAAGUCGGUCACCCUGCUGCCACUGCCCAGCCACAGCGGCAACAUUAGCGAGAGCAGCCACACAUCCAGUGGCAACGGCUCCAGCAGCAGCAGCAUCGUGCGGCGACACUCCUCCCACUACUAUCCCAUGAUCGAGGACAAGCAGAAGCCGUCGCAGUUGCCCCUGGCAGCCACCGAAAUGCUUGUAAACAUGACAGAGCAGAAAUAUGGCCAGUCAGCGGGAGGCAGGCAGCUCCACCAGCAGCAGCAGCAGCACUUGGUGCGGGUGGACACGCCAGUGACGCCCCCGCCGCCCAUACCGCGGCGCCUGCUGCGCGGCAAGUCCGCCUGGCAGUCGUCUAGUCCCAACCCAUUUCCACUUUCCGCUGUUGGACAGGAUGGCGCCCACGGCACGGGCACGGGCACGGGCACGGGCACGGUGUUUGUUUAUCCACAGCCAGCAAACGUGACCGCAGAGGCAGUGGCUCGGGGACCGGGCGACGGAGGAACUGGGCUGCAAUCAGCGCUGCUUGUUGACAUUGUCACGCGUCCGACGUCCGGAUAUGCGGAUGCCGAUGGGAUUUCCGAUGACGACCGCAUGAGUCUGGAGAACUCCGUGUUCGACGAGUCGCUAACCUCCACGCCCGUCAAGGUCGCCGGCUAUCUGGCCGGCCGCUACUCCGGCCUGAGCCACAUGGCCAAGCGGGCGCAGCGCUCAUCCAGCAGCACCGUGGACUCCGCCUACGGCUCCUCGCUGGGCGGGCACAGCGAGCGCUUUGCCAGCAGCUCGACGAGUGUGGACUUCCGUAGUCGCUUCUCCUCAGUGGACACGCAGUCCUCGCUCGAUGAGAAGCCUAUGUCCAGCUCGAUUGACUCUCCACUGGGCAGGGAUGCACGGGAUGCCCGGGAUGCGUAUAGGGAGCGCGCUGUGCUCAACGAUGCCAUGCACAAGCUGAACAACAACAACAACACCAGUCUGGGACUGGCACUUUACCCGGCCAGUAAUAACAACAACGGCAGUGUCAGCAGCAGCGGAGGAGCCAACGGGUGCAAGCUACCAGUGGUUCCUGCCCGCAAGCAGCCGCCAACUGUUAAGGGCAGCGGCGACAGCAACAGCUCGAUGAGUGAAACCCAGUCGCAGAGCUCCAAGGAGCCCAGCAGCGUCUCGGCAUCGGCAUCCACUUCGUCCGCCGCCUCGGCAGGUUCCAGCACGAUCUCCAGCGGCACCAUGUCAUCCAUGUCGGGGCCGUGCCCGGUCGCUGUGCCGGCCACCGAUUUAAAUAGCAAACGUCCAGGGCCUCCAGAGCCACCUUUGCGGCAGGCCAAUGUCUUUGAUGCCACGGAGGCGGGCUCACGGGGUCAUCCGCCGCCUCCUUUGACCGUGCGCAACAAGUUGGGUCGCAACAAGCCGCCGCCCAUCGUCUAUCCGCGCAUGCAACAGCGUCAGGACUCCACGCUGUCCAGCGAUAGCUACUCGAUCAGCUCCAGUCCGGGCUACAACUCCAAGCUGAUGGAGGCGCCGCUGCUGGGCUCCCAGCAGGUGGGGCGCAAGUCCAACGCCCCUGGCUCUGCUCAGCGGCAGACUCCGCUCAUGGAUCUGGCUCCCACACGCUUUUUGGGUGGCAGCGGAGGGGCCGGAAGUGGAAGGCAGGCGCCCGCAGUGCCGCCGCCAAGGGGCCGCAUCAACUUCCGCCAGGACUCGACCAUCUCCAGCGACAGCUUCAGCCAGACGUCCAGCCCGGGCUACAACCCCAAGCUCAUGGAGGCGCCGUUGCUGCCCUCUUUGUCCGCCAAGCGGCUGUGCAGUGCGCCAGCUCCGAUUGUGUGCCGGCAGGGAGUGCAGCACGAACCCAUCGAGGAGCUGGAACCGCCGCAGACGAUCUCGCCGCUCCAUAAGACGACUGGCCCGCCCAGCAGCCUGCAGACCAUUGUGCGCUUUCAGAAUGGAGCUCCUCACACCAUGUCCUUGCAGCAUCAGAUUGUCAACCGACGCAAGAGCUCCAACCCGUACAUCACGAAUGGCCGCUUAAAGUUCCGCCUGUUCCAGAUCCUGAUCAACGCCUUUGCUCUGCUGGCCAUCGCCGGUGGUCUGGCUGCCUAUUUUAAUGCCUAUCCGACGAUUAAGUUCGUGAACAAGACGAUCAUCAACACGAUCCAUGUGGAGGACACCACGAAUUUCGGCAAGAAUCCAGCCCCCGGCACCUGCCUGCCCAUCAUAGUGCGCUUUUGCCAGGGCCCCCAGAUACCCUACAACUACACCGUGUUCCCCAACUAUAUCGGUCACUUUGGCCAGCUGGAAACGCAAACGGACCUGGAUUCCUACGAGGCCCUCGUCGAUGUGAGAUGCUACGAGCUGGUGUCCCUCUUUCUCUGCACGCUUUUUGUGCCCAAGUGCGGACAGAGUGGCGCCACUGUGCCCCCCUGCAAGACCCUCUGCACGGAGACAAUGCGCCGCUGCGGAUUCUUUUUCGACGUGUUUGGACUCAGUCUGCCCGAGUACCUGAACUGCAAGCUAUUCAAGGACUUCCCCAGCUCCGAGGAUUGCGUGGGCGUAGAUGAGGUACGCGAUGUGAUGCAAGCCGCCACGCAUCCCAAGUGCGAUGGCUUCCAGUGCGACCAAAACCGCUGUCUGCCGCAGGAGUACGUGUGCGACGGCCACCUGGACUGUAUGGACCAGGCGGACGAGGCCAAGUGCGACCGGUGCGGUCCGGACGAGAUCUACUGCGGCGACAGCCAGUGCAUCGGCACCAAGCACAUAUGCGACGGGAUCAUCGACUGCCCCUACGGCCAGGAUGAGCGCAAUUGCUUGAGGCUGAGUGAGCGGAAUGGCGAUGUGGGCACUGGUAUCCUAGAGGUCUAUCGCAUCGGUCAGCGCCAGUGGAUGCCCGCCUGCGUGAACAAUUGGGAUCGGGCAGUCUCGCCCAGCGCCGUGUGUUCCAUCCUGGGCUACUCGGCCGUGAAUGCCACCAAUAUCCUUACCCAUAACACCCGUCGUGCGCUACUGGCCUCGGUAAAUGUGUCCACCGACAUGUGGAAGAUGUACGCCAAGAGGAAGUCCACUCUGAUGCAGGAGUUCGCCAACUGUAAGAUGUCGGAGGACUAUCCGAUGGCCGACCUCACCUGCUCCAAUUACGAGUGUGGCCGAGUAAAGCGGGGCAGACACAAACCAUCGAGACGCAUUAUAGGAGGAACUCAAGCUAAUCCCGGCAAUUGGCCAUUCCUGGCCGCCAUUUUGGGCGGUCCGGAGAAGAUAUUUUAUUGCGCCGGUGUCCUUAUAUCGGAUCAGUGGGUGCUCACAGCCUCGCACUGUGUUGGAAACUAUAGCGUUAUCGACCUGGAGGAUUGGACCAUACAGCUUGGGGUAACACGUCGCAACUCUUUUACCUACUCGGGUCAAAAGGUCAAGGUCAAGGCUGUCAUCCCCCAUCCGCAAUACAAUAUGGCUAUUGCUCAUGACAAUGACAUUGCUCUGUUUCAGCUGGCCACGCGUGUUGCCUUCCAUGAGCACCUGUUGCCCGUUUGUCUACCGCCACCGAGCGUGAGGAGUCUGCAUCCUGGCACCCUGUGCACCGUCAUCGGUUGGGGAAAGCGGGAGGACAAGGAUCCCAAGUCCACGUACGAGUUUAUUGUAAAUGAGGUGCAGGUUCCCAUCAUCACGCGCAACCAGUGCGACGAGUGGCUGGAAAACUUGACCGUGUCGGAGGGCAUGGUCUGCGCCGGUUUCGAUGAUGGUGGCAAGGAUGCCUGUCAGGGCGACUCGGGCGGUCCGCUGCUGUGUCCGUAUCCGGGGGAAAAGGAUCGCUGGUUUGUCGGCGGAAUCGUGUCCUGGGGCAUUAUGUGUGCUCAUCCACGGCUACCAGGUGUCUAUGCGAAUGUGGUACAGUACGUGCCCUGGAUACAGGAGCAGAUCGCGAAGCACACUCGUCCCAUCAACGAGGAUCGGGUGAACAAAUACGACCUUCAUCCGGGUGGUCCGGACAUGCUGUCCAAAAUAGCCACUGACCCGAUGCGAAAUGGUAAACCCUACUACUACACCCACUCCAGGACGUCGUCCAAAAACUAAUGCUGGCUACGAUGAGAAGCUACGAGGAGAGCCAGAUUCAAGUCUCACUGGAACAGAGCAUAUCCACGAUUGCACAAAGUACUCAAAAACACAGAACACUUACAUAUAUUUUGCUACUGAACUUAAGGUAUUAGCCAUCUGGCUAACACCGAUUUGGGCAACAUAAUCAUGUGUCAAUUUGCCGAAUUUAUUUGUCAAUUUUUUUACGAAGAGAUUUCUAUAAACCUAAACCGCAAGGAAAUGAACAACCAAGUCAAACGGAAGAAAUUAGCCCAAACUGGGCGCAACCAAAUGUCAAUACAUAUUCCAUACGCGAUUUAUAUAUUUACACGUAAAACGAAGCUAACCAAUAUGUACCCAAUAUCUAACCAAUUGAUAAUUGUGUCUAAAUACCCCGAAACCCGGACAAUAAUUAGACUUUGUAGCUUCAUUUUGUGUUGAAAGGUCCCGGACAAAAUGAAACCUAUAUUUAAUAAGUAUUUAUCCAGAAAGAAAAUGUAUUAUUAAACAAAAAAAACAAAUUCAGAAAAAUAUUAGAAUCACAACUAUUGAGUGUUGACAAUAAAAACAGGAACUAAGCAAAUCAGUUGUAGAUAAUGUGUAACUAUAACUAAACCAAAAAACAAGGAAAAAUUGCUGAUCUUGGGCAUUUGAUAAACGUAGCUGUUAGCUCUUCCCCAAACAAAGAAUCUAUUCAACAAUAAGGAAGUGCAGUUUAAAAUAAUGAGACAUGAACAAUAAGCAAAUAAAUGCAUAUAGCGAUAAGUCAUGAAAAUACUAACUACAAUGCGUGGGUUUCAGCUUUAAAGAACACAAUAAGAAGGAAAUAAGAAUAAAUGGCAGACGUCAGAACAGAAGGAUUAGAAGGAAUAUACACAUAGCAUACGAAUCGUACUAUUUAUGCGGUGACUACAGAAGGUAUACACGCUUCGAUAGUGGAUAUGUCAAUGUAACUUAAUAUUUAGAACUAUUUACACGCUAAAGCAACUCGUUUGUCACGCCCCCACUUAGACUGGCCGCUUUAGUCGAAGCUCAAUGUAACGCCCUGAUUUUCAACUCCAAUCAUCCAUAUUCCUGGUGUGCAACUUAGUAUGCUAACGUGCAACAAAUUGUACAACUAUUUUGCAAAAGGCUCGAACGAAAAUAAAUGUAAAAUACGCGUAACUAAAGACUCAAAAUUGGUUGUUCCAACACACACAUAACACACAAACAUUCUUGGGCUUCGAGACGUGUACAGCUUUGAUAUUGUUUUCAAGCCGGAAGAGUGGCCCAAAGCCGGAUUUUAUUCCUAGAGCUCGACUUUUUCAAUUUAUUGUUUCUAGCUUAAACCUGUUUAAAUGCUUUGAGCUGAGAUCCGACGGUCAAGUUAUUUGAACAAAAGUAUGGCUAUGCCUUGUAAAAGAACAUGUAUGAACAUUUAAAACGCAUUAGUUUCUUGGCCAUCGCACUUCAUUUUGUUCAGAUAGAUUGACCGUCUAACCUGAGCUCAAGCCAAGAGAUUGCAAAUGUAUAACCGAUCCCUACUAGAUAUAGUUGGACAUAUUAUGCCUACAUAUAUAUAUGCAUGUUUUGUACAAUCAGUUUACAAAUGGAAAAGUAUUAUUAGUCUUAAUGGGGGUUUAAUGAAGCGCAUAUUACACAAGGCACAUUAUGUUUUAAGAUGAACAUGAACACAAACAAAUAUGUAACUGAAAUAUAUACAAGAAAUAUACAUAUAACGAAUACAUAUAUUCUAUAUAUAUAUUGUAGUGGUAGCUAUUAAGCAGAUGUGAUGGUGUCUAAAUUUAUACAUGCAUAUUAUCAAGCGAAAAGUGUUAAGCUUAGAUUAUACUCGAGACAAAUCUGUGGGCUGUUGUAGAUCGAGCAUACUAACUACAUAUAAUGACAGAGUACAGAGGACGGAUCUAGGACAAUACAUACUUACAAAGAUAUACCCAUAUCAUGUGAAUUAUGCUUACUUCGAUAUUGUGCAUUGCAUGGACGUAUAACGGUGUGUUUCUGAAAUCUUUAUAACCAUAAGUGUCCGAAAUCGGGCGACAGCGUAUUUCAUUCAAAGUGUUGGUCUCGUGUGUCACUAGAGGUUUCAGGAACCCCUCGUUAAAAUAUAGUUUGUGUUGAACUCAGGCAGAGACUCCUUAGCUGUUGCCUUGGACAGUAAGCCAAUCUAUCACCCUUUCAGUUUUCUGGGGUUCACUCUCCUUGUGCAUUUACGAUCACACGGAUCAUGGCGAGCUAUUUUUAUACACCCAUGCUCCAGGCUACUAUCAAAACGCUUAGCUUUAUGUAAAUUUAGACUAAAUCGAACACAACCCAUAUAUUAUAUAUAUUGUAGAUGUAAUAAUGCUUAGCAUUGGCGAGUGGAGUGAGUGAAAUAAUUUACACGUGGCAUGAAUAGCAGAGUAGAUAAUUACUAAGUACAAUAUGCAUACAAUCAACACGCAAACUCAGAAUCGCACAAGACCCAUAUCUCAGUUGAAUUUCUGUGCUUAAUGGGGACUGCCCCCAAGAGGAUUCGAUUUAGUUCCGCAUGCUCCAUGUGCUUGGGAGGACACGACAUAAACACAAGCCCUUAAAACCCAAUGAAAUCAAAAAAUUGUAGCGAAAUGUUAUGUGUAAAUGUAGCAAAAUCCAAAAACCAAAUGGCAAAAACAAGAAGCUGAUUAACUAGUUCAAUUUACAUGUGUCGCGAAAAGAAAAUAAAGAAGCAUAGUAUAUGUAAUCAGAAUAUUAUAUGUAAAUGUUUAAAGAUGAUCAUUUGAUGAGAAGCACUUGUUAUUUAUGCACAGAUGGAACUUUGUGAAGAAUUUACAAGAACAAUCUUUGACAAUAAAAGAAAAACUGAAUUUUUUCCUGUGAGCUGGACAAGCGCAUCGGAGGCAUUGAGAAUUUAUGAAAAGUUUUACAUUCAGAUUUUGAAGUUUUGACGCGAAUCAGAAAAUAUUGUUGAACAUUUAUUUUGGAAAACAAAGACAGAAUAAUCCUGACAAUAAGGCAGACAUUUGGUCAAUGCCAUACAAUAACUGGAUGUGCAGUAUCCUAAAUGUAACUACAUAAACUACACAGACACGUAUAACCAACUAAAUGCUUAAAGCAACAUGUCAUACAAUACAUGAUAUAUAUACUUACACACAUAUAUUAUAUAAA